CGAACAGCUGAUUGUCUGUGUUUUCUACACGUGCAGCUCGUGCAUUUAUUAAAUGCCAAGAAAUGGAGGAUAAAACCCAAAUUCAGACCGUGUGCAAUCACAAAAGAGAUGAGCAUCUGCCUACUCUCGUAAAAUUCCAGAAUGGUUCGCUCGGGAGCACUGGAGAUUUUUGUGUUAUUGAAAACCAAAAUGAGAAGAAACACCAGGCCAUGGUGGUGGCAGGGGACCAGAUUUACACGGGCGACUUAAAGGACAGCCAGGAGUAUGACACUUACAUAUGUGUUAGGAACAAAUCGACCAACAAGGUGCAAAUCGUUCCCGUACAACAGGCACUGCUCUCCAAUCACAUUUACCAGGAGCUGGAUCGGCAGAAGCGGAAGACUCCAAUGCUCAGCAGGGAACAUGCUAACAAGAAGCUACUGAAGGAAUUUGGAGGACGCAAAGCUUCACGCUAUGUCGAUAAUCACGAAAAGAUGCUGGUCAACGUCGAGGUAGUGCGCCAGGAUUUGGAUGAAACUGUAAAGUCAUCCACUCAUAACGAAAACGAAGAUGCCGAUGAGACAAUGACAGAUUUGAGCACCAGCAAUGAGGAAUACCUCGCGAAGAUUGUGCCUAAGUUUGAUAAAGAAGCCACGAAUCUGGAUCACGUAUAUGACGUUGAGGAUGUAGUCCCAAGUUCACUACUCGAAAGACUGGAUGAGGAGGCCAAGGUGGUGUUUUCCACACCACUUCAAACCGUACCAAUUAAAUCGGAAUACCUCAAGGAGUGCUUAGGUCGCAUCCAGAAUAAGUCGGUCACCUCUAAGGAAGAUUUUCUGCAUAUUAAGCUUAUCAUUUAUAUGGAUGCUUUGCAGACAUUGAUUUCGCUCCGUUCCCGGCAAAUGCAGAAGGUGGAACUUUCGAAGAUCACAGAAAAGAUUGAGAACGAUAUCCGGCAACGGUUUGCGGAUCCAAACGUUGCCAAACGAGGCACUCGGACAAACUUUAGUACUGAGAAAGCACUUACACACUUUAUUGUUAUGGCAUUGCUAAUCAGCGAAAAGCACGAGGUGGACCUCAAUGUGCUGUCUCGUGCUUUAGCCACUAGCAAGGAGCGAAUCAAGCAGUACGCGCACAUCGCAAACGCCCUGCCAAAGUCCCGCUCAGACAUCCUGGCCUUGCGCCUGCCUAGCAAAGUACCAACACUGAAAACAGCACGACGCUUUCAACGAAAGAAGUAAAACCACCUAAGCGCCAAGGACACCGCGCCCGCCAUCGAUUAAACAAACUCGAAGGCGAGUCAAUAAUGUUUUUUUUAGCUCUAUGGCUAAAGCUACUUUCUAAUAAAACUAAAUUUACAAAAACAAAACAAGAUUUCUAAUUAAAAGUGUUAAGCAGGACUUACGA